AUGGCAGAUCGCUUCUCGGCCCGUUAUAUGAAGCCCUUGGAGGGUGUUCCUCUUUCAGAGGGCGCAGAAAAGAAGCAAAAACGCGAUGCGGCUCUUAUUGAGGCGCGCAAAAAGGCUCUAAAGGUCAUGCGGGAGAAAAGAGCCGCUGCGCGUCAUGACCUCAAGCUCCGCACAUACAAAUACGUCAAGGAGUAUCGCUUGCAGCGCGAGGAGCUGAUCAAGAACAAACGGGAAGCCCGAGCCAAUGGCGGCUUCUACAGAGCCCCAGAGGCAAAGGUCGUGUUCUGCAUUCGUAUCAAGGGUAUCAACAAACUGGCACCCAAGCCGAAGAUGAUUCUGCGGCUUUUCCGUCUCCGCCAGCUGCACAACGGCGUAUUUAUCCGCGUGAACAAGGCCACUAUGGAAAUGCUGCAGGCUGUUCAGCCCUUCGUGACUUACGGUUACCCCUCCCUCUCCACCGUUCGAAAGCUGAUCUACAAGCGGGGCUAUGCCAAGGUUGGUGAGCCCGGAUCGAAACAAAGAGUGCGCCUACAGGAGAACAGCAUCAUUGAGAAGCACUUGGGCAAGUACGGCAUCCACGGCAUCGAGGACCUUGUGCACGAGAUAUACACGUGCGGCCCCGCCUUCAAGCAGGCCAACGCUUUCCUUUGGACCUUCAAACUAAACUCCCCAAGGAAGGGAUUCAAAUGCAAGCGCCACGGUUUCUGCGAGCCUCGUGCCGGUGACUGGGGUAACCGCCAGGAAUUGAUCAACGAGCUCGUCAACCGCAUGUGCUGA